AUGGUAAGACAAUCAUCUACAAUAGAACAAGCAAAUAAUGAGCUAAGAGAAGAGAACAUAAGACUACAGGAGAAAAGAUCAAGAAGCACAACACGUGCAAGCUCAAGGUCAAGGACAAGCAGGAGUACGUCAAGACGUAGCCAAUCUAGUCGAAGAGAUACCAGACGAGAACAACCUUUAGAUAACAUUGUUGAAAAUUUUCAGGAAGACGAUAACAUACAGGGCCAACGCGGUGGACAUCGUGUAGAGCGACAACCAUCUGAUGAUCGAGGCAAUAGACGUGAACAACAAGGCGAACGUUAUGGCACACACCAUGACCAGGAUGAUGAAGAUGAUGAAGAACAAGGAAGAAUUAUAUUGCAAGGAAGAGAUAUGUUAAGAAAUCAUCAUGACCGUGCAGAGGAAGAUGAAAGGAAUAGUAUCGCACAGAUGCAUCCAAGGGAUGAAAGAGAAAUACGCAGACAAAGAAGAGAGGAUGCUGAAGUGAGAGAUAUACAAGAGGUUGUGCGUCAAAAUAGACAUGACAAUAGAGUAAGGCAAGCAAGGUUAAAAAUACCCAUGCAGCAAGAUGCAGACCAAAUCAUGAGUGAAGAAAUCCUUAGAGAAUUGGUGGAGGUGAGAGAAAUGAUGACGUGGCGAAGAGAUGGUGGUAGGUGA